AUGAACCGUCCACUUUCUGAAGCCGCUGAGGUUCUUCGAAUGAAAAUCAAAGAAAUGAUACCCGGAGCGGUUGAGUAUGAUAAGAGUCAGCUGGAUGAUAAGAGUCAGCCUCCAAAAGAUAUCGUUUUCAGAAAAGUUGGCGGAGGAAUCAAACUUUAUUCUGGUGAAACACUUGGGAUAUUGGCAUCACAUCUGGUAAAUGAAAUGAAUUUAGGCGAGGGAUGGGGUUGGAACCUGGCACACUUUUCGGAGCCUAAGCCCAUAAUAAAUAACUCAAAGCGAAUGUACCUCGUGCCGCUAUCAGAGGGAGCAAGCUUAACGCCUGGAGGCCUUUUGCCUGAAAAGUCUUACACUUAUAUCACGGACCAGCCUACCAUUAGCUCCGAUACAACUGUUAUAUUUAUUGCUUCAGUCUGA